UAGACACAGGCUAUGAGUGCUUCUGUUGAACUUGAUAAGUUUUUACUCAAACUGUUCAUAUCAGUAUCUGUGUCUGUCGGAAUAUAUAUUUUCUUCACUUUAUUUCAGCUGAAGAAGAGAAAAAAAGGUGCUUUUGAUAACCUUGCAGAUCAGGAGGAGAGUGCUCAAAGUUCCAGUAAAAUGCAGACUGAUAAUACAAUGCAGGGGACUGGGAAAAAGCACCAGGAUGCCCAAACUCUUGGAGUUGGCAAGGCCAUUGCUGUACUUACAUCAGGAGGAGAUGCACAAGGAAUGAAUGCCGCUGUCCGUGCAGUAGUUAGAGUUGGAAUUUACACUGGAGCCAAAGUCUACUUUGUACAUGAGGGCUACCAAGGUCUGGUUGAUGGAGGCGAUAACAUUCGAGAGGCUACGUGGGAAAGCGUUUCAAUGAUGCUGCAGUUGGGUGGUACAGUAAUUGGAAGUGCUCGAUGUCAAGAUUUCCGUGGAAGAGAGGGAAGACUUAAAGCCGCGUGCAACCUUGUGAAGAAAGGCAUUACCAAUCUAUGUGUUAUAGGUGGAGAUGGUAGUUUGACUGGAGCUGAUACUUUCCGAGCAGAGUGGAGUGGCUUGCUGGUUGAUUUAGUUAAAGCAGGAAGAAUAACUGCUGAUGAAGCAAAGAAAUCUAGUUUCCUUAAUAUCGUUGGCAUGGUGGGAUCCAUUGAUAAUGACUUCUGUGGAACAGACAUGACAAUUGGUACAGAUUCUGCUCUUCACAGAAUCAUGGAAAUAGUGGAUGCCAUUACAACUACUGCACAAAGUCACCAAAGGACCUUUGUUCUAGAAGUGAUGGGUCGUCACUGUGGGUACUUGGCAUUGGUAACAGCUCUUGCAUGUGGGGCAGACUGGGUUUUUAUCCCAGAGUCACCACCAGAGGAAAACUGGGAGGAACAUCUCUGCAGAAGAUUAACUGAGACUAGAGGCCGUGGAUCCAGAUUAAACAUCAUCAUUGUUGCUGAGGGAGCCAUUGAUGUCCAUGGAAAUGCUAUUACUUCAGAGGAUAUUAAAAAUCUAGUUGUGAAACGUCUUGGCUAUGAUACAAGAGUUACUGUCCUCGGUCAUGUUCAACGUGGUGGAACGCCCUCAGCCUUUGAUAGAAUUUUGGGAAGCAGAAUGGGAGUUGAAGCUGUCAUGGCGUUAUUGGAAGGAACAUCUGAUACACCAGCCUGUGUGGUCAGUUUAUCUGGUAAUCAAGCAAUCCGUCUGCCACUUAUGGAAUGUGUGCAAGUGACAAAGGAUGUGACCCAAGCAAUGAAUGAGAAAAGAUUUGAAGAUGCUAUCAAAUUAAGAGGAAGGAGUUUUGAAAACAACUGGAAUGUUUACAGGACAUUGGCUCAUAUAAGGCCUCCUUCUACAAAGAGUGGUUACAAUAUUGCUAUACUGAAUGUCGGAGCCCCUGCAGCUGGAAUGAAUGCAGCUGUGAGAUCCACAGUUAGAAUUGGCAUCAUUCAAGGUCACAGGAUGUUUGCAGUUCAUGAUGGAUUUGAGGGUCUUGCCAAAGGACAGAUCGAAGAGAUUGGAUGGGGAGGUGUUGGUGGGUGGACUGGCCAAGGAGGCUCCAGACUUGGAACUAAACGAGUUCUGCCAAAGAAAUACUUUGAAGAAAUCAGUGCAAAUAUAAGUGCAUUUAACAUUCAUGGUCUAGUCAUUAUUGGAGGCUUUGAGGCUUUUACUGGCAGCCUGGAAUUAAUGGAAGGACGUUCCAAAUUUGAGGAGCUAUGUAUACCUAUUGUCGUCAUACCAGCAACAGUUUCAAACAAUGUUCCUGGAUCAGAUUUCAGUGUUGGUGCUGACACUGCGCUUAACACAAUCACCACUACCUGUGAUCGAAUUAAGCAGUCUGCUGCUGGAACAAAGAGAAGGGUCUUUAUCAUUGAGACCAUGGGAGGAUAUUGUGGGUAUUUGGCCACCAUGGCAGGUUUCGCUGCAGGAGCUGAUGCUGCUUAUAUUUAUGAAGAACGAUUUUCUAUCUAUGAUUUGCAGUUGAAUGUUGAGCAUCUUACAGAAAAAAUGAAGACAACUGUGAAGAGAGGUUUAGUUUUAAGGAAUGAAAAAUGCAAUGAGAACUACUCUACAGAUUUCAUAUUUAAUUUGUAUUCAGAGGAAGGAAAAGGUAUCUUUGACUGCAGGAAAAAUGUUCUGGGUCACAUGCAGCAGGGUGGUACACCUACACCCUUUGAUAGAAACUUUGGCACAAAAAUGGGUGCCAAGGCUGUACUUUGGCUUACAGGAAAAAUAAAAGAGUGUUCCCGGCAUGGUCGUAUAUUUGCAAACACUGCAGACUCUGCCUGCUUGUUAGGAAUGAGGAAAAGGAGCCUUGUUUUCCAGCCUUUGAUGGAACUUAAAGAACAAACUGAUUUUGAACACCGUCUUCCCAAAGAGGAAUGGUGGCUAAAACUUCGGCCCAUCCUGAAAAUCCUUGCAAAAUAUAACAUCAGCCUGGACACAUCUGAACGUGCACAUUUGGAACACAUUACACGCAAGAGAUCUGUCGAAGCCCAUAUUUAAGUCUUGAAGAAAAGGCAAAUUCAUUUAAUUUUAUGAGUGAAGAUUGUUUUCCCUGCAUAUUUAUAGUUGACCUAAUAAUUAGAAUAAACUUUGGGUUUUAUUUAGUGAAUAUUAAAAUGUAUUUAAUUAAGCACCAAUUUGCUAAGAAACCAUGUUUAGAGAUCUUUGCACUUCCACUAUUGUGCCCUAAUUUAGCAAUUUAGUUGUUUUAACUCAACCCACUAUUCAGUAAAUAAACCCUUUGUAGUUUUGUUGCAUGCUAUGGCAUUCGUUUGAUAAGUAUUUAAGGAUUAUUUUUCAUUGUUGACAUGCUCUGGCCUGUCUUUAACACAUGCAGAUUUUCAGGAACCUGAUAACAGUAGGUUGGCUGCCCCGUAUUUUAAAGCAAAGUGAUGUAGAUUAUUUUUUUACAUCAUGCUGAAGCAUUUGCAUCUAGAUAAAAAAUCAAUCUAAAUGCUUUUUACAACACAUUACAUUGUCUUGGGUGAAGCAAAAUGGCUAGUUACGCCACAGUAGGUUUUAAUACUAACAAACUCAGGACGAAAUAAAAGAAAACCUGUGUACCAUCCUUUACUGUGUCUAAACCGUUAACUUGAGGUUAUAGUUCAACAAAUAAAAUCAGUAAUUCAUUU